AUCUUUGCACAAAAGAAAGAAGAUCCAUGUUUGCUUCUUUUCUCUCUCCUUACCAUCUUUAAGCUUCAAGAUCUUCCUUGCUUUCGGUGCUUUUAAAAGCAAAUCUGACGUUCUUGUUUAUCCUCUGCUGGUACUCUGUUUUCUCAAAAUCACUUUGUUUUCUCAAAAUCACUUCUUUUUCAAUCUUUUCCAUUGCUGCAAUCUUUCUAUGCAGAAGAACAAAGUCUCUAAGUUCCAUUUAUUUACGACUUUCAGUAUCUUAUUCCUUGGGUUUUCAUUUUAGAUUAAUCUUUAUAUGCUUCCUCAAAAGUUCUUGAACUUUUUGUUGGGUUGCUUCCUCUUCAAGAUCUUAUCUUACUCUGCUUAAAAAAUAAGCUGAAAGAAAAAUUUUCUUCUAUUGAGAAAGUGAUGCAAAUUAUUCCCAGAAUUUCCCAGGAAAUAAAUUGGUAUUAAGGUUUGUGUAAUAGUUCCCUAGCAUCCAAUCUUUUGAUUUGAGCUUAUGGUUUUAGAAAAGAAACAAAGUAAAACAGAGCAAAACAGAGCAUUUUCUUCAUGGAUACGAGUAGCAAUCAUAGUUAUCAUCAACAGAACAACCAAUCCUGUUCUGGGUUAUUGCGGUUCCGCUCAGCUCCAAGCUCACUUCUUGCAAAUUUCAAUGACAAUGGAGUUACCAAUGAUUCUGAUUUGAGUUUCCAAGAACUCGAGGAUAAAUCUGCAGUGAGAGUGAGAGAGGCACGUCUCAAUUAUGCAAAUUCGCCACAGUGUUACUCUGGUUUGCCUCCUCAUUACCCAAGACAAAGUUCAGCCACCACUUCUACAGCUAUGGAUAGCUCUUAUGGUUUGAUUGGUUCAAUGACAAUGGGUCAUCAUGAGCAAGCCAAAAUGGUUGAUUCAAAUCUUGCUAGACAAAAUAGCUCCCCUGCUGGACUUUUUGGGAACCUCUUCGUUCAAAAUGGCUAUGCCACCAUGAAAGGUAUGGGGAACUAUGCUGGGGUGAAAGGUACUAAUGGAGAAGCAAGUCUAAGACUGAAGAGCCAACUUAGCUUCCCAGCAAGAGUACCUUCUUCCUUGGGCAUGUUGUUGCAGAUAUCAGAAAUUGAGAGUGAAAGCAUUGAUGCAGCCAGCCUUGACAGUGGAAAGCUUGGAAAUAGCAACUGUGACAGUCGAUUUUAUAACAGUACUGGGUACCCAUAUGGAUCUUGGAAUGAUUUACAUUUUCCAGAAAAUUUUAAUGGCAUGAAAAGAGAUCCGGAUGAUAAUGGAAAGCUAUUUUCUAACAUUCAGAAUGGAGAGCUUGGAAAUGGCGUUCAUGUAUUAUCAAACAACUUGAGUUUGCCAAAGGCAACAGUGGAUAUGGUUGCCGUGGAAAAGUUCCUCCAUUUCCAAGAUUCUGUUCCUUGCAAAAUUAGGGCAAAGCGCGGAUGUGCCACUCAUCCACGAAGUAUUGCAGAAAGAGUGAGAAGAACCCGGAUCAGUGAAAGAAUGAAGAAACUACAAGAGCUUGUUCCAAACAUGGACAAGCAAGCAAACACGGCGGACAUGUUAGAUUUGGCUGUUGGGUACAUCAAAGAUCUUCAGAAGCAAUACAAGACUCUCAUUGACAACCGAGCGAACUGCAAGUGUUUGAGUAAGCAUAAGCCAGUUCAAAGCCAAAUUGUUUGACAUGCUUGUGUACAGAAAAUAAGGGAUGCGGAUAGGAACCAGUUCUUGUAUGUCUUUUUCUGUGCAAUGAUCAAGUAUAUACAAGCAAGAUAUUUUCUUCUUUCCAAUGGGCAAGCAUAGCAAGUUGAGUAGAAUUUUCACUGCAAAAUUAUGAUACGGAAGCUAACAAAGCUUCCAAUUACACAAUACCUGAAAUAAAGAGAGAAACUUACAGUA